UGACGUAGCUACGUCAAAUAAGCUAAUGCCUCAGUCAGCGUUACGCAUUUUGGAACAGACUGAGAGAAAGCAGAAUCAAAAUGAAGACAUUUCUUGUGUUUGUCUCCUUUUUGGUCCUGAUGACCACUUUUACAGACACUUCACCAAUUUUGACUGAAAAAGAUGCCAAACAGAUUCUGAGAACUCGUCGUGAAGACAGACCGAGAAAAGCUGGUUUCCCUGAUGAGCCAAUGAGGGAGUAUAUGCUUUACCUCCAGCGCUUGGAGCAGAGAUCAGAAGAGCAAUUCCUUGAACACUGGUUAAACCCACAUUGCUACCCACACUGCAACAGGGAUUUAGUGCAUCCGAUCUAAUGGUUUUGUCUACCUUUCAAUUGAUCUCUUCAUGGGCGCUGAAGAGGAUAUAUAUUACGGUUGUGUUAAAGAGGACAAGAUCAUUCCUGCGUUGGCUGCAUGCUCAUUGUAGAGCCGAACCUCUUUGCAAUACAGUGAUACAGCAAAACUUCCAACUAUAAAUGGCUAGAUAUGUUAUAGACCACCAUAUAUUUGCUACCAGUAAUGAUUGCAUGCAUGAAUAAAUCAACCAAGGGUUUCCACAGUUUCUGAGGUAUGGACAAGAAUAAAUCACUGAUUAGUCCUACAGUAUGCUUUUUAAGGGUACAGGUUUAGACUGCCUGAAGCAAAAGGAACUUGGAGGGAGAGAUCCAUAGGAAAUUGGAGAAUAUAAGCAUGAAGAGAAGACCAGCUUUCUGGACUUUGGAGGAAUCCUUAAUUACAGUUUCCUAGGUUAAAAACAACAUUGUAUGAAGACAUAACAUUUAUGCAACACUAAUCUACGUUUAAUUGCCUGAUGAGUAUUUCAUGUAUUGUUUCAUAAUAAAAGCUUGAUUCAAAUCCAUUUUCAGAUGGCCUUUG